AUUGCACAGACUCAAAACCUAGACAUGCCAAUCGAACAACUGAAGACCGUGCUGCGGCUGCAGGCGACAGUGGUGGAGGGCUUUGGUCGCGGUGGCAAGCAGCUAGGCUGCCCCACGGCCAACCUCUCGAGCAAGGACCUGGGUGACCUGCUGGAGCAGCUACCCACGGGUAUCUACUGCGGGUGGGCCACGGUGGAUGGCAAAGGCCCGUACAAGGCUGUCGCCAGCAUUGGCUGGAACCCUUACUUCAAGAAUAAGGAGAAGACGGUGGAGCCACACCUACUGCACAAGUUCGACAAGGAUUUCUACGGUGCACAGCUAAAAUUUCUUAUCACGGGUUAUAUCCGUCCGGAGAUGAACUUCUCGUCGCUGGAGUCGCUGAUCAAAGCCAUCCAGGACGACAUUGCGCAGUCCAACGAGUGGCUAGAUACAACCGAGGGCGAGUCUUGGUCACAGGAUGCGCUGUUUCAGUAGAAUAGGAGGGCACACGUGUCAAAUGUGCUGUGUAUUCAACGGAUUG